AUGAAAUUAGAUACAUCGCAUAUGCGGUAUUUGACCGCAGAAGACUUUAGAGUUUUGCAAGCAGUAGAGCAAGGAUCCAGAAAUCAUGAAGUUGUUCCUACACAUCUAAUCCACACGUUGUCUGGUAUGAGGUCCAUGAGUGGUACUAAUCGGUCCAUAAGUGACCUUGCUAAGCUAAGCCUAAUUUCCAAGCUAAGAAAUUCCAAGUACGAUGGCUACAGACUAACAUAUAAUGGGUUCGAUUAUUUAGCUCUUAGAGCGAUGCUAAAUAGAGAUACCGUGUAUUCUGUUGGUACCAAAAUUGGGGUUGGUAAGGAGUCUGAUAUUUAUCAAGUUAGUGAUCGUAACGGUGAGCCAAAAGUUCUUAAAAUGCACAGAUUAGGUAGAACAUCUUUCCAUACAGUAAAGAAUAACAGAGAGUAUUUAAGAAGUGGCCAAAGUGCUUCUUGGAUGCACCUUUCCAAACUUGCCGCCAAUAAGGAAUAUCAAUUCAUGACGCUAUUAUAUAAUAAAGAUUUUGAAGUUCCUCAGCCAUUCGAUAACUCUAGGCACUGUGUCUUGAUGGAACUUAUCAAAGGAUAUCCAAUGAGAAGGUUAGGGAAACAUAAAAACCUACCUAAACUGUAUUCUGAUUUAAUGAGCUUCAUCGUGAGAUUAGCCAACCAUGGGCUUAUUCACUGUGAUUUCAACGAAUUCAAUAUCAUGAUCAAGGAUGAGGUUGAAAAUGAAAAUGAUCCUGGUUAUGUUGUUAUAGAUUUUCCUCAGUGUAUCUCCAUUCAACACCAAGACGCUGCGUAUUACUUUAAGAGGGAUGUUGACUGUAUAAGAAGAUUUUUCAAGAAGAAGCUAAAGUAUGAACCAAAAGAAGAUGCGACUUUCUUAGAUACUGAUGGUUUUGGUGAUGGUUUCAAGUACCCUUACCCUGUAUUUGAAAGAGAUGUGAAGAGAUGCGAUAACUUAGAUGAGCUAGUUAUGGCAUCAGGUUUCACUAAAAAGCAUCCCGGCGAUAGAGAUUUGGAACUUGCUGUUCAAAGUAUGAGAGAUGAGGAAUACACUGAGGAACGUGAGAAUGAAGAAAACAGCGAUUAUACUUCAACUAGUGAAUCAGAAUAUUCGGAUUUCUCUGAUGAAGAAUCAUCAGAAAAUGAAAGUGAAGAAGACGAUGAGAAUGAACGUAUCAUCCAGGCCAUCUCCAGCGGUGUAGAAAAUUUGAAAAUAGAUAAAUUUGGAAACUAUAUAUUAGAGGAUUGA